AUGGCGCAGCCCGUCCAACCCCCCACCGACACACCAACCUCGUACAUCGACCCGACCUACUCGCUCCUGAACUCGACAUGCCUGGACAUGCUUUUGAUCGAGCUGGUGCCCAUGGCGUACCGGAUAACCGCAGACCUGGCGCAGCGCGAGGAGGAAUGGACGGCACCCGCGACGGCGGCGCACCGACUGUCGGCGCUCAGCGGCGACGCGAGUAGUACCGCGGCGGGCGCGGGGCACGCGGCGGGGCCGGCGGCGACGGUGGACGAGGAGGAGUCGCGCGAGGCGGUGUUUCAUCGGCUGGAGGCGCUGGGGUACCGGGUUGGGCUGGGGAUUGUCGAGCGGUUCUCGCGCGACUCGGCGCGCCCCACGACGCCGCUCGACUGCAUCAAGUUCCUGUGCAAGGACCUGUGGACGCUGCUGUUCCGCAAGCAGAUCGACAACCUCAAGACGAACCACCGCGGGAUCUACGUGCUGACAGAUAACACCUUCAAGCCGCUGACGCGCAUGUCGUUUGAUACGAAGAAGUACACGCCUGAAGUGCAGGCGCGCAUCAAUGAGGCGGCGGAGCGGUUAUUGAGGGAGGGCGAUGCGGAUGGAAAUGGCAUCAAUGAGAUGGGAUUGGGACGCGAGGCGAAUAGCAUUGGGAGGGUGCAGCCGUUCUUGUACUUUCCUGCGGGCGUGAUACGAGGAUGUUUGGAAGGGCUGGGAAUCAGAGCGAGUGUGCACGCUGAGUGCAGUGCACUACCGAGCGCGACGUUCCAGAUUCGGACUGCUGGAGCGAAGAACUAG